UCUUCUCUGUCACACACCAGACCUGUGGUUCUUCUUCUGCUCUGCAAAUUCAAAAACAAAAAAAACCAGAGACUUUCUUGUCGCUCUCUCCAAUCAUAAUCAUCAUAGUCUUACUAGUAGUAGUACUCGCUUCAACACUCUAAACUUCUGUUUCUGUUUUCUUUUAUAGUUUUCUCGCAGUUUCUCUGAAUCCAAACGCCCCUGCUCUGUUCCCCUGCAUUCUUCUCAAGUUUUUUUUUUCUUCUUGAUAUUUAAAAAGCAAUUGAGGGUUAAUUGCAAUGGAACGUAGAGAUGUGGCUGUGAAGAUCAACGAUGGAGGUGAUGGUGGUGGUGGUAGCGGGAAAUUUUGGGGGGAGUCGAGCUAUCAUUUCUGGCAUGAUACGGGAAAGCAGAGUGAUUCGGGUUUCGAUUUCUCUGAUAGUUCGACGGAUGGUUCGAAUAAGAAUACGGCGGGGGAGGAUCCGCCUUCGAAGAUGAUCGGGCAGUUCCUGCAAAAGCAAAAUGCGUCCGGGGAGGUUUGUCUGGAUAUGGACUUGGAGUUGGAGAUGGCGGAGCUACAAAACGAUCCCAGUAGUGUUCCGCCGCGAACUAAUACCAGUGCCACUAACACUCCUCGUAGUGGCCUACCACCGGUGGCGGAGUCGUCGUCAGCCACUCACUGGGUCUCCUCCGACCUGAACCCAGCUUGGUCCGGUGUCGGGUCUGCUGAGUCCAGCAGAAGGAGGUCUCAAUUUAAGAACUCUCCGCUAAAGGAGGAGCACGGCGGCGGUGACGGUGGAGGGGGAGAAGUUGUGAGGUGCUCCUCACGGGACGGUUCGUUCCAGAGGAAUUCGAGUUUGUUGAGGGAGAAGACUAAAUCAAGACUAAUGAACCCGCCAGAGAGGAUGGGUAGAUACGGGUUUAUGAAGGCUGGUUAUAAUAAUGAAGAGGAGGAGGAUGAUCCCUUGUUGGAGGAGGACAUACCUGAUGAGCUCAAGAAGGACAAGCUUGAUUUCUGGGUACUCUUAGAAUGGGUGAUUUUGGUAUUGAUUAUUGGUGCGUUGGUAUGUGGUUUAACCAUACCUUUUUUGAAGGGAAAAAGAGUGUGGAAAAUGAGAUUGUGGAAGUGGGAGGUCUUCGUUCUGGUUUUGAUAUGUGGGAGGUUGGUCUCUAGUUGGAUAGUGAGGAUUAUUGUGUUCUUUAUUGAGAGGAAUUUCUUCUUGCGCAAGAGGGUUCUGUAUUUUGUUUAUGGGGGGAGGAGAGCUGUUCAAAACUGUCUAUGGUUAGGGCUUGUUUUGAUUGCGUGGCAUUUAUUGUUUGAUGAGAAAGUUAAGAGAGAGACUAGUAGCAAAGUUGUUAAGACUGUGACUAAGAUUUUGGUGUGUUUGUUGGUUGGGAUGUUGGUAUGGUUAGUGAAGACGCUUAUGGUUAAAGUUCUAGCCUCAUCUUUUAAUGUGAGUACUUUUUUCGAUAGGAUUCAAGAGUCUUUGUUUAACCAGUGCGUCAUUGAGACACUUUCAGGGCCACCUUUGAUUGAGAUACAGAGGAAUGAGGAAGAAGAGGAGAAACUAGCUGAGGAGGUUAGGACGUUACAGAAUGCCGGUUUUACGGUGCCACCUGGCCUUAAGGUACCUACCUCUUCAUUGCCAGGGAGUGGGAGGGUAAUAGGAAGUGGAAUGCUUCAGAGAAGUCCUCGAAUGUUAAACCCCGAAAGCCCCAGAUUGUCUCGGACACCUUCUAGCAAGAGAGGUGAUGAGGGUAUAACAAUUGAUCAUUUGCACAAACUGAAUCCGAAGAAUAUUUCUGCUUGGAAUAUGAAGAGGCUGAUACAUAUAGUUCGGUAUGGGGCUCUCUCCACACUGGAUGGGCAGAUACAGGAUUCAGCUUAUGAUGAUGAAAAUGCAAAGAAGAUUAGAAGUGAAUACGAGGCAAAAUCUGCUGCCAGGAAAAUAUUUCAUAAUGUGGCUUGGCAGGGGUCGAGUUAUAUCUACUUGGAGGACAUUAUGCGCUUCAUGCGAGAAGAAGAGGCUUUGAAAGCUAUGAGCUUGUUCGAAGGAGCAUCUGAAAGCAUGAAAAUCAGCAAGUCAGCUCUAAAGGAUUGGGUGGUUAAUGCUUUUAGAGAACGGAGAGCUCUUGCUUUGACACUAAAUGAUACCAAAACAGCAGUGAACAAACUUCAUCACAUGGUGAAUAUCUUGGUCGGCAUCAUUAUAGUAAUCAUUUCGCUUCUUAUUCUUGGAAUUGCCACUACUAGAUUUCUCCUAUUCUUGAGCUCUCAGCUUGUUGUCGUGGCUUUUAUAUUUGGAAAUACAUGCAAGACUGUAUUUGAAGCUAUUAUCUUCUUAUUCGUGAUGCACCCGUUUGAUGUCGGUGAUCGGUGUCAAAUUGAAGGAGUUGAGAUGGUGGUUGAAGAGAUGAACAUCUUAACAACUGUUUUCCUGAGAUAUGACAACCAGAAGAUCGUAUACCCAAACAAUGUUCUUGCUACUAAGGCCAUCAGUAACUACUAUCGCAGUCCACAUAUGGGAGAUGGCGUAGAGUUCUGCAUCCACAUAACUACCCCAGCUGACAAAAUUGAUGAAAUGAAACAGAGAAUAACCAGCUAUAUCGAGAACAAGCAGGACCACUGGCAUCCUGCACCGAUGAUUAUAUUCAAAGACGUGGAGUAUUUGAAUAUGGUGAAGAUGGCAAUAUGGCUGUCGCACAGAAUGAACCACCAAGACAUGGGAGAGAGAUUCGUAAGGAGAUCGCUGUUGAUUGAAGAAGUCAUUAAAAUGUGCAAGGAGAUGGAUAUUCAGCAUCGCAUGUAUCCCCUCGACGUCAAUAUCCGGGCCUUGCCACCAUUGGCGUCUGAAUGCAUUCCUCAAGGUUGACUAUCAAAUGUCGGCUGGGCGACGAAAGAAAGGAUCCGGAUCCGGAUCCGUUUGCUGUGUUUUAUGUGCAAUUUUGUCUUUUUCCUGUCAUGUUAGGUUAUAUUUUCUCUUUUAAGUGCUUCCCCAAUGGGGGGGUCCCAGGCCAGCAAAGAAGAUAUUUUAAGUUAGCAGUUGGCACUGGAUUUUGCUGGUCCCUCCUGUCGCCUGGCAUGAUCUUCUGGGUGCAUAUCAUGUGUGACAUUCCAUUAUUUCAAAUUCAUCAAGUCAUAAUUCAACUAAAGAAGCAGAGAAAAGACAUGGAACCAUUUCUCUCCGUUCA